AUGGGUUCUGUAAAACAGAGUAAAAAAACUAGAAGUGGACGGACGUCUACCUCAGAAAGCGAAUCAGGACAGGAAGAUGGAAUUGUACGAAGUGAAGACAUAAUUCACUAUCUCUCGAGAAGUGUGCACACUGAAACUCUGGCUGCGUUACCGCCCGCCGUCCGUCGACGUAUCAAGGCGUUACGCUUGCUCCAAAAGGAAUUUAUGGAUAUUGAAGCUAAGUUCUACUCUGAAGUUCACGAGCUUGAGUGCAAGUAUGCCAAGAUGUACCAGCCUUUAUUUGAUAAGAGGGCGCAAGUUGUGGUGGGAACUCAUGAACCCACCGAUGAAGAGUGCAACACCCCCUGGCAUGAUGAUACAAAAGAAGAGGAACUGGCCAAAGCUGUACAGAACGCAGCCAUUGAGGACAAGGAUAAGAGUGAAGAGAACAAAAAUGCUGAGCCUCCGAUGGACCCCAAUGUCAAAGGCAUUCCUGAUUUCUGGUUGACAAUAUUCAAAAAUGUCUCAAAGUUGAGUGAAAUGGUGCAAGAUCAAGAUGAACCAAUUCUCAAGUCAUUGCAUGAUAUAAAGGUGCAAAUGAAUGAUGACCCCCUUGGCUUUACAUUAGAGUUCCACUUUGCCCCCAAUGACUUCUUUGAGAAUGCAGUGUUGACUAAACAAUAUUCCAUGAAGUUCAAACCUGACGAUGAGAGCCCAUUGGAGUUUGAAGGCCCUGAAAUUUACGCUUGCAAGGGCUGUGAUAUUGUAUGGAAAAAAGGCAAGAACGUAACAGUGAAGACCAUAAAGAAGAAACAGAAGCACAAAUCCCGUGGCUCAGUCAGAACGGUCACCAAGUUGGUCCAGGCUGACUCAUUCUUUAACUUCUUCAGUCCACCAUCUGUGCCCGAGGACCUUAACUCCACUAUUGCUUCUGACACACAGAUGCUACUAGCGCUCGACUUCGAGGUGGGCCAUUACAUCCGCGAGCGAGUUGUUUCACGCGCCGUACUCCUCUAUACCGGAGAAGGACUCGACGAAGAUGACGAGGACUACGAGGAAGAGGAGGAAGAAGAAGACGAUGACGAGAGUUCGUCCGAGGAAAGUGACGAAGAACAUCCAACUCAACGCCGUCGCAAUAAGAAGAAUAAGCCUAUUGCAGCUGAAAAUCCCGCCGAGUGUAAACAGCAGUAG